AUGGCCUCUGCAGACAUCUCCUCCAUCCCGACUCCCGCCCACUGCACGGCAGACUUCUGCUUGAUCCCGAUCGGAACCUCGUCCGCCUCCGUUUCGUCCCAAAUCGCCGACGUGCAGCGCCUGAUCGAGAAAUGCGGCCUGAAAUACGUGAUGCAUUCGGCCGGGACGACGCUCGAAGGUCCUUGGGACAAGGUUCACCAGGUUAUUGGCCAGGCGCAUACGCUGUUGCAUCAGCAGGGUGUCGUUCGCAUUCAGACUGAUAUUCGGGUUGGAUCGAGGACUGAUAAGGAGCAGUCGUUCGAGGACAAGGUGAACAAGGUGCGGCAGCUGUUGGCGCAGGAUUGA